CCGAAGUCGAAGAACAACGUGGUCUAUAAUAUGUUGUCUAGCCGCGACUCCCAUCUUCUCCAAUCCUUGUUGUCAUUAGCCUCCUCAGUCCCGGGUACAUUUUACUGGUAGUCAUGUCCACAGCCACGACAUCUUCUCCCACUCCAUUGGACACGAACUGGAAUUAUGACUUUGUCAACAUCGCCAGCAAUUUGACGCCAACUUUGCAUCAUUGGAGGCGAAGAGCUCUCGCCGUGGUCCAAUUUGUUCCUGAUGAAGCGGAGUUUUUUGCCGUUCGACCUGUGCCGGUCACGACAGACAUCGCCGACUUCGAAAGACAGAUCUGGGGUACAGGCGAGCAAUUUGUCCUUGACUUCGGUAUCCAUGUCGUCGGCUCUGUAUCAAUGCACUUGGACGCUCACUUAGCCCAUAUGGACGCGCCAUGCAGACUGCGUCUGACUUAUGGGGAGUCUCCAUUAGAUGUCACCAUGGAUAUGCAGGGUGUCGAAACGACUAUCAGUUCCUCGUGGCUUCCAGACGAAGUGAUCAACAUCGACAAUACACCUUCAACAGUCAGGAUCAGCAGACGACAAGCAUUCCGCUACUUACGCGUCGAGAUCUUGGCCACGUCACCGAAGUACAAAGUAAGCUUCUUGAACGUGGAGUGUUUAUGUGUUAGCUCAGUCUCCCAAGAUCUGGAAAUCGAGAUUCCGAAGUUUAAAACGGAUUUGCUAAAGUCAAUUGACCAAGUCAGCAUGUUCACACUUCGCGACUGCAUGCAGGAAGUUUUCGAGGACGGACCGAGACGAGAUCGACGCCUUUGGAUUGGAGACCUACGACUUCAAGCAUUGGCUAAUUACGCUACCUUCAAAGACUGCGAUCUUGUCAAGCGAUGUCUCUAUCAAUUUGCUGCCGUAGCUCGUGCAGAUGGAUCUGUGCCUGCUUGCAUCUUCCACGUCCCAAAACUCAGUCCGUCUACAGAUUACAUAGUCGACUACGACGCACUUUUCGCUGCCACUGUGGAAGACUACGUAGUCGCCUCCGGGGACCUUGAGACCGGUAAACAGCUUUGGCCAACGGUACUCGGUUGUCUCAAGCGCCCUUUGGCGCAUGUUGACAGCGAUACUGGCAUGUUCGAUUGCUUAAGGGCGCAAGGCUUCAAGUUCCUCGAUUGGCAGAAAGGGCUCGAUCGCAAUGCCGGGUGUCAUGGGCUGUUGUUGUACUGCUUGAAGUCUGUAAACCGUUUGGCCAACCUUCUGGGAGACCCGGCACCUUACGAAGCAGAGGUGAAAAAGAUGACCAAUGCGGUGGCUGGUUUCUUGGAUGCAGAAGGUAAUGUGGUAUCGGGGUCACAGUCGCAAAGAAGCUUUGCCUCGGUUGCCUGGUUGACACUUUCCGGGGCACUGCCGGAGCAGGUCGCUCGUGCUGCUCUAUUGAACACUCUGAUUGACCCGCAGGCUAUCCGACCAUUGACUCCAUAUCUUUGGCAUCACGUUUGUGAUGCUCUUGCUUCCGUGGGCUGCUACGAGGAGUGUAUGGGUCUAAUCACAGAAUACUGGGGUGGGAUGCUGGAAGCUGGUGCCGACACGUUCUGGGAAGCAUUCGAUCCAGACAACGCUCGAGCGAGCCCGUACGGAGAUGUGCGCAACAAUUCAUUCUGCCACGCAUGGAGCUGUACGCCGACUUAUCUUCUCCGGGUCAAACUCGCAAAGAUUGUAAUCAUGACUUCAAAAGAUGACGUGGGAAAGACGACGAUGCGGGCUCUCGACAGAGAAUGGAUCACUCAGAGUUAUAAGGAUUAUCGAUGAAUCAUAUUGGCAUCCAGAAGACUAAUCGACAUCAACCUAACGGUGUUC